AUGUGGCCGAGUCGACGAAUUGCAUGUGCUCGACAAAGGAUCUUUGUUAGGCAAGCGCCAGAGAGCCUGCUUAAACCCAGUGCGAAGGAUGCUUCUGCAUCCUCUCAAGAGAGAGAAAAAGUUACGGGGCAGCGGCAGUCUCUGUUACUCCUUGUUAGUUUGCAUCCAGAAAAACUGAUUUUUGAAAACACCACGGCAUCCAAAUCUGCCGCAGAUGCGCUUGGUUUGGCACUCGCAGAAGCUGUACAAUACGGAAUUACAGAUAUCGAAGCUAUGCACUCUGAAACGGCUUUCACUAGCGCUUCCCGGUGUCGCAACAACGCUUCAGAAAUUUCAGUCUCCUUACAGCGAGUUAAGGACUGUUCUUUCAGCACAUCAUUAAUUCAACGACGUGUAUCAGGGAGUCCUCCUAUUUUGUCGAGCGGAAGUUUGCUAAUAUUGGCAUCUACAAGUAUUAACGCCGGAUUUCACGUUAUUAAUGGCUUUACAUUACUUGAUAACAACGCUUAUCCAGGUCUUUUUAAUGUUGACUACUGUAUGUAA